CAUGCGUAUAAAUCAAUUAAAAUGUACGCUCUUCAUUCGAAUUAGGGGAGAUGGUAUACGUAAAGAAGAUUUAAAAAAGACGCUUAACUUAGCUGAAGCAAACGCCUCUGAAGAAUCGAAAAUAUGGGCCGCUAUACAACAAUCGACUUCCAUGUACAAUCCAUCCGAAUACAGCAGAACGAAAAAGCCUUAUGAUUCCUAUGUUUGUCAUAAUUGUAAUAAACGAGGUCAUUACAAAUGGCAAUGUGUGGCUGCAAGAAGGGAGAACACUUCUUCUAAUGAGGCACCUUCAAGAAUAAAAAGACCUACGGGUAUACCUAUGAGUUUUAUGAAACCUGUGGAUGUUGAUAGCAAAAAUCUACCGCCUGGAGCUAUGGUUACAGACAAGGGGAAUAUUGUUGUUAAUAAACUAGAUGCUGUUGCUUACGCGACGGGCAAGAAAGAAAAACCACCAUUCUUCCCAGGAAAUGAAUCGGAGGUGGAACCAGUUAUCGAACAAGAAAUUCCUGCUGAGUUGCAAUGUUUUCUUUGCAAUGAUUUAAUGAAGGAUGCUGUUAUAACUGUGUGUUGCCACAAAAGCUUCUGUGAUGAAUGUAUUCGAAAUAGAUUACUUGAAACCGAGACACACGAAUGUCCUAAUUGCAAAAAGACUAAAAUAUCUCCAACAGAUGGUCUAGUUCCCAAUGAAAACAUUCGAAAAGUCGUUGAGAAUUUCAGAAGCAAGAACGGUUACUUGGAAAAGAAAGAUGAACUCCCCCCAGGUUUUACACUUCCUAACAAACCAGUUAUCAAACUUCUGCAGAAAAAUGCAAAGAAUAGUCCAAACCAGUCACCCAAUUCCGUAGGGACACCUCCUGAGGGAGAUAGUCCAAGAGAAGACGUUAGUUCCACUACUCAAGAAACCCCAGUAUCUACUGUAGUAAACACAAUAUCGACAAAUACUUCAGUAGUCGUACCUACUCCGGGUAUUGUCCCAUACUCAACGGUGAAUCCUAUGUAUCGACCCGUGAUUAACAACCCAUCACCACUCGGAAUUCUGAAUCUAUUUAGAAAUUUUAUACACACUGGAACUGGCCCCAACUUACUGCCACAACAACCAAUAGUGCCACCAAGGCCUAUCGGAACACCAUGGCCAUCAACAGGAACUUUGAGACCUGUAACUCCGCCCCUAUCAAAAGAAGAGUUUUAUGAAAAACAGCGCUUAAUGAAGGAGCGUGAAAAGCGAAAGGAAAUUGAUAAGAGUGCUGAGUUUGUAAGAGAGUGCGAAAUGGCACUUCAGCAGAGAGCCACACAAAAUAGAGACUCUUUAUCUCCCUCUCCUUUUUCAUAUAGAUCACGUUCUCCAGGAAGGUCUCGAUCUCCUAGGAGAUCUAGAUCGCCUGUUCCGAAAAGCCGAUAUUUCUCACCUCCUUAUUAUAAACGUUCACCCUCUAGGUCACGAAGAUCUCCAAGGCAUUAUAGGAAAAGGUCUAGAUCCAGAUCAAGAUCUAGAGGACGACGAUCAAGAUCAAGAUCUUGGUCCAGGUCUAGAUCUAGGUCCAGAUCGAGAAUGGGUAAUAAAAAAGACAAUUUACAAAUGGAUCCAAAAUUUAUGGCUGAUUUUAUGGAAUAUCUUAAAAAAUCAAGUGAUUCCUCUUCCGAUAAAAAGAAGAAAAAGAAAAAAAGAUCACGCUCAAGAAAAUCAGAUUCCUCGGAGAGAGAUGAGAAAAGACGAAAGUCUGUAGAAGAUAGGAAAGAACUUGAAAAGGAGGAGAGAAAAGUUGAAAAAUCAGAAGAAUCUAAAAAAGACCCAAAAGAUACUCCUGAUCCUCUUCCACUUGAAAAAGACAAAAAGAAGGGUCGCGAAAGAAACGAAAGAAGGGAGGAGAGACGAGACGAUAGAAAAGAUAAGCGGGAGGAAGACAGAAAGGAGGAAAGAAGGGAAGAGAGGCGAGACGACAGAAGAGACAGGCGAGAGGAAGAGAGAAGGGAGGAGAGGAGAGACGAUAGAAGAGACAGGCGAGAGGAAGACAGAAAGGAGGAGAGGAGAGACGAUAGAAGAGACAGGCGAGAAGAAGAAAGAAGAGAGGAAAGAAGGGAAGAGAGGUUUGAAGAUGAAAGACGUGUUGAGAGGAAGAAUGAGCGCAGAGAGGACAGAUGGGAGGAAAAACGAGAUCGUCGAAGAGAAGAAUGGCCCGAAGAAAGAAGGGACGAUCGCCGAGAUGAUCGAAGAGAGGAGAGAAGGGAAGAGAAAAGAGAUGAACGUAAAGAUAAGCGAGAAUCAAAACGUGACGAAAAACGAGACGAAAGAAGAGGGGAUAAAAAGGAUGAUAAAAAUCAUCUCAUUUGUCACGGCAAUUACUUUAUUUAUAUUUUUACCACUGUAGGUCUUCUAGGUGUAACAGCUUUUAGAUAUAACUCUAAAUUGAAGAACGAAUUACCCAUCAUUCGAUAA